AUGCCGCGCCCCAAGCGCGACAUUCAGGCCGUGGCAUUGGAGACGGAAACGCCUCCGGCCGCACUCAGCAGCAACCAAGCGAUUGCCCGAGUCAAGCAAGCGGCCGGCAACAACUUGUAUCGCGUCGAGCUUCCUGGAGUCGGAGAAAAGGCCGAGCCCCGAGAGCUGCUCGCCGAGCUCCCCGCGCGCUUUCGCUCGACCAUCUGGAUUAAACGCGGGUCGUAUGUGCUGGUAGAUACCGCGUCGCUGGCGGAUCGAGACAAUAAGUUGAAUGGGGAGAUUGUGAAUGUUGUGCGGGAUGAAAAGGCGUGGCGGAAGAUGGGGUAUUGGCCAAAGGACUUUUCCGCCAAGAGUUCAAGAUAUCUUGAUGGGGAGUCUGGAGAUGAGGGUCCGCAGAUGCCACCUUCUGAUGAUGAGGAUGAUUGA